CAAAAUUACAACUUGGCCCUUCAGUUUAAGCGCCAACCUUCUACGUGGAACUCUGGGGUCCGUGCCUUUCUGCCUUCCUCCUUCACCACAAGCACAGUCGCAGUUGAAAAUUGUUCGCAUUUGUCAGCUCUUUUCUUUUUCUUCAUCCCCAGAGUAAGAGCAGACCUAUAGUGAAGGCGGUGGCAAUGGCGAAUUCAUUGGUGAUUGGUUUAAGAAUUCUGUUUGCGGCUUUAGGCUGUGUGAUGGUAUUCACUCUCGCUUACACUCUCUUCACCGAUGGUCUUCCUUUUCGCAAGGACCUUCUUACUCCGUGGAUGGCUGCAACCUUGGUUGAUUUCUAUAUCAAUGUUGUACCUUUAGCGGUUUGGAUUUCCUACAAGGAGUCAAACUGGAUUAGUGCAACACUAUGGGUAGUUCUGCUAGCAUGUUUAGGAAGUAUCACUACAUGUGCCUACAUUCUUCUACAAUUCAUGAAGCUAUCGACUCAAGAAUCGCAAGAUCCCAUGUACUAUGUUCUGUUGCGACAUUCAAACAAGUGUGAUAUGGAAAAUAAGAAUAAGCUUUCCCCUGUUUGGAUUGCAAGAGUCCUUUUUAGUGCGUUGGGUCUUUUGAUGCUGGGUACUCUGCUAUACACACUCUUGACAGAUGGUACUCCUUUUCGCACAGAGCUUUUGACUCCGUGGAUGACAGCAACACUAAUCGACUUUUAUAUCAAUGUUGUUGCUCUAUCAGUUUGGGUUGCCUACAAAGAAUCAAGUUGGAUUACUGCAGUCCUUUGGAUAAUCUUUCUGAUAUGUUUUGGCAGCAUUACCACAUGUAUCUACAUUGUCCGGCAGCUGCUGGGGAUGGCAUCCCAAGAUCCAAUCUACCUUGUUUUACUAAAAAGUGGUAGCAGGGCAGAAAGCAGAUGUGAGGGAGUUUUUAUACGAGGAGACUAAAAUUUGAGGUUGAUGUGCAAUUCAAGACCUGUAUAGCUUGUUCAUAGUGCUGCAUCAUUUGAAGGCAUAUAAGUUUUCUUUAUUUGGUCAAGGAGAGCAGUGGAGCAGUUCAUCAUAAACUCUCCGAUCCAUGCCACAUGAGCAAUCUCUUCAUAUAUGAUCCAUGUUCUUUACAUGGAUGCCAAAUCUGUAAAUUUCGGAAUUGAUCCGUGGUAUCACAUCUCCAUGAAUGAACAAAUACAUAAAAUAUCGUAAAUUAUAGUCCGGCUCACUUAAGGACC